AUGUCUACCGAUUAUAAGUUUCAAGGAUGGAUGGGUCUCGACUCGGAAUCCGCCAAUGGAAAUAUGGUUUGGCAAGAGUAUGAACCUAAGCCAUUCGAAGAGACAGACGUCGAUAUCCAAAUCACUCAUUGUGGUAUCUGUGGUUCGGAUAUGCACACUUUGAGAUCUGGUUGGGGUGCAUCAGACUACCCAGUCUGCGUAGGUCACGAGAUCGUUGGAAAAGCUGUCAGAGUUGGAUCCAAGGUUAAGGAUAUUAAGCUUGGAGAUCGUGUUGGUGUUGGUGCUCAAAGUGGUUCAUGUUUGAACCAAAAGGGAGAUUGUGAAGCUUGUGCUGAUGGUCAACAACAAUACUGCGCUCACAUGACCGCUACUUAUAACAGUAAAUGGGCUGAUGGAAGCAAAUCCUACGGAGGUUAUGCCGAUUACUGGCGAGGAAGCGGUGAUUUCGUAAUCAAGAUCCCAGAUUCAAUUCCAUCAGAUAUUGCAGCUCCUAUGCUUUGUGGAGGUAUAACGGUUUUCUCGCCUUUAGCACAAAAUGGUGCAGGACCAGGCAAGAAGGUUGCAAUCAUCGGAAUUGGUGGUCUUGGACAUUUCGGUAUCAUGAGCGCAAAGGCGUUGGGUUGUGAUGAAAUCACAGCCAUUUCUAGAACCUCUGUAAAGAAUGAGGAUGCAUUCAAGAUGGGUGCUACUAGAUUCAUUGCCACCGAUGAAGAACCAGAUUGGGCAACAAAAUAUGGAGACUCCCUUGAUCUCAUUGUCAGCACUGUCUCCUCACCAAAACUCCCACUCCAAAGCUACCUGAAUCUUCUCAGAUUCAAGGGCAAGUUCAUCCAAGUUGGAGCUCCUGAAGAUACCAUCCCUGGAUUCAACAUGUUCUCCCUCAUCCUCAAGAAACUUUCCAUCGGCGCCUCGCUCAUUGGUCCCCCACAUGAGAUCAAGGAUAUGUUGGCACUUUUCGCCGAGAAAGGUGUUAAGACCUGGAACAACAAUGUUCCAAUGAAGGAUGCCAACCAAGCCAUUAUUGAUAUGGAGGAUGGAAAAGCGAGAUAUAGAUAUGUUUUGGUUAAUGAGAAGCAUAUCGAUGCUUAG